UCCACAAAGUUCACGGCCUCCACCAUGUUCUCAAGAGCGCAGCGGACGUCGUCCGGCAGCAUGCCGGGAUGGAUGUCCAGUCCGACAGGAGAAACGCCGCCAACUAGCGCUCGUGGUCGAAAGGGUGGGGGACGUGCCCACACGUCGAGCUUUGGCGACCCGUCGCAGCCGUCGUGGCUCAAUGAAACCACGCCACGCGCGGCUCCGUCGGUAACGUCGUGGACUGCAACCGGCGAAGGCGACCCGCUCUUGCCGAACAAAGACACCUACGUGGACAUUGGUUUGACCCGCCGCCAUUUCAAAGGUCCUUUGGGCAAGCGAUACAGCACGGACAUGCUGUGCUUCCUCUUAUUCGGUCUGUACAUGGUUGGCAUGGUUGCGUUGGGCAUCGUGGCCUUCGUUCAGGACGGGUUGUCGGACAAGGCGAUCUACUUGACCGAAGGCGUCGAUUUCCAAGGACACGGCUGUGGUUCCAACGGCGCGGUGUUCUACCCCCAUUACCAGUCUCAUCCCGACUUUGGCAUUUGCGUGUCGGAGUGUCCGAAUGAAACCAGCCGCGUCCAAGUGACGUUGCCGGUGCUUGCAUCGUUAUCGUCGAAUGCGUCGAACGUGAUUGGGGCCACCAACAUGGAUGCUGCCAACGCCACCACGUCCUCGACCACCGUCAUGCGCACAGUGACUUUCCCAGGAUACGCUACCAUCAAGCAGGGCUACGUGUGUGCUCCCGUGGGUGCGCUGGACGCCGUCGUCGCCGACACGACGCAAUUGAACGACGUGUUUGGGCUGUACAUUGGUGCCAUUCGUGAGAACUGGGAACCGUUGCUGUAUUCCGCGGGCACUUGCCUUGGGCUGGCGACUUUGUACCUGAUCCUGCUCCGCUUUGGCGGGUGCUUCAUCCUGGGGCUGUCCGUGGUCGCCUUCCAGGCCGCCCUCGUCGCCGCCGCCGUCUACAUCUGGUCCUUGUCCACCAAUGAUACGCUGGACCGCCACGCGCAGAACAUUCUUUUGAUCGCCGCCGUGUUCCUCGUCUGCGGGGCCAUGGCGUACUUCUUGGCCGUGGUCGUGCUGGUGCAGCGUUUGCUGUUGGCUGGCAAGUACCUCGUCUUUGGAACGCGCGUAUUUUCCCAGAUGAACAAGAUGGUACUGAUCCCGUUCUUGUACUCGUUUGCGCUGGUGGCGGCGCUGGCGUGGGGUCUCGCGGUCACCGUGUGCCUCUUCACGGCCGGCACAACGAUCGACGUCCCAGAAACCAUUCCCGUCGAGUCGACACAUGCACCAGUGACGGUGCUGGUGCGGUCGUUCGAACGAGAUAGUACCCUUCGGUGGCUGUUUGUGUACCAUGCAUUUGGCAUGUACUGGCUCGUGUCGGUGCUGCUGGCGCUGGUAGACAUGACGGUGGCCAUGGCCGUGGCGGUGUGGUACUUUACGCCCACGGACCGCCAGACCAAAGCCAAGGCGUUCGACGUAGCUGACCCGGUGCAGUUUUCGAUUUCAACGAUCCUCAAAUACCACGUGGGGACUGCCGCGUUUAGCGCGCUGGUGGUGGCGCCCGUGCGCUACAUACGCAACUUUUUCAUGUACAUUGACGCCAACAAAGAGGUCGAAGCUGGCGGCAACUGGUUCAGCCAGCUCAGCUCGACGCUGUGCUGCGUACGUUGGUUUUCCAUGCUGUAGAAUUCAUGUUAUUAUUAUUGUUAUAUUCAGGUUGGGACUGUUUGUAGUGCUGCAUCUGGUGCUUCAACCAAUUCAUCGUGUUUAUCUGCAAAGAAUCGUACUUUGUCACAGCGAUCGAAGGCACGAGCUUUUAUAGCGCCGCCAGAGUCGCGCACGGACUCAUCACAUCGCACAUCCUUCGCGUCGGAGCGAUCAAUCGCAUCGGAAAUGCCAGUGUCUUGCUGGGCAAACUCAUCAUCUGCAGCGCGACGUCUGCGAUAGCGUGGACGAUGCUCGUGGACAAGGCGGCGCUGUCGGACGUUGUUGUGCCCAUGACUGUGAUCGUGCUUGGGUCGUAUGCGAUUGCCCACACGUUUAUGACGGUACAGAGUCGAUAUAUAUAUAUGUUGUGACCUUGCUUGUCGUAUAUAUAUAUAUUUAUAUAACUAUAUAUAUUGACCAUGCCGCGAUUAUAUUGUUUGAUCAUAUGUAGCUGUACGAAACGACGAUCAACGUUCUGUUGCUGAGCUUUGCCAUGGACGAAAGCAUGAAUGGCGGCCGCAAUCGCGCUGAAUUUGCCCAAGUCGAUUUUACCAAGUCAGUGAACGACAACUUGCGGCCAAAAUGGCAAACGGUGUUGUAACAUGGCCGUCAAGAUGGGAGUUUAUUGCUGUGGAUCCUUGGAAUAGUAGUUCGGCCGCCUUGCGUCGUUGCCUACGAUCCAUUUUGCAUCAUUCCGUAGCCAUGCAAUGCAGUCUCUAACGUGCCCUAUAUAUGUGGUCAUAACCGUGUCACACAUAAUAAUAAACGUUAUACCUUUGAUGUGUGUGAAGAAG